GGGCACUCAAAAACACUCUUUACAGCAGUAAUUCAUGUUUCUCUAUUGGCUGUUGGCCUGCAGAAGUCAGUCAGCUGUGGUGUUUUCUGACAGUUUGCACAUACAGUAUGUUUCAGGGAGAGAAAACAAAUAAUGAGAGAGUCCUGACAAGGAAGGUGGAACUGACACAUCCCACAUUUGCAUGUGUGGUUAAAUGAAAAGAGCUGUAUAGUUCUGAGUCUCCCUGCGCUACUGUGGGAAAGGUGGAGGUGGUUCCUCUGAGGCUUUGAGGGACAAAAUAAUCUUUGGAUGGAAUGGGAUGGGAUGGGUAACACUGUCGAAAGGCAAAUCUGAAAAGUUCCUCCGGGUAUGAUCAGAUAUCGGAUUCGGAGUCGGAAGAAGGAAAUGUACCUGUGAUCAAGCCAGCAAUUAAGUCUCAACAUGGGCUGUGUGGGGACCAAACCAGAGCAGGAUCCUAUAGGCAAAUCGAUGGGCAGCGAUGACAACCGCAAUCAGACAGCACAUUACACCAAAGACCCAACAGCAGGCUCCAAAGCUAACAGAACCGCCUCCAACCCAGCUCCUGGGACAGAUACUUCAGAUAACAUUGCCAUAGCUCUGUAUGACUAUGAAGCUAUGCAUGAAGGUGACCUGGGCUUCAAGAAAGGAGACAGACUCAAAAUCCUUCAGGAGUCAGGUGAAUGGUGGAAAGCAGCAUUACUCAGCACUGGUCAGGAGGGCUUCAUCCCCAGUAACUAUGUUGCCAAGGAUACUCUGGAAACUGAAGACUGGUUUUUUAAAGGUGUGAGCAGAAAGGAUGCAGAGAGACAGCUGCUGGCAUCUGGAAACAAAAUAGGAUCUUUUAUGAUCAGAGACAGUGAAACCACCAUGGGAAGCUACUCUUUGUCUGUCAGAGACUGCGACCGAACAGGAGACACUGUGAAGCAUUAUAAGAUCCGCACACUGGAUAAUGGCGGUUUCUAUAUUUCUCCACGUAUCACCUUCAACACCCUGCAGGAUCUGGUCAGCCACUAUAAGAAGCAGAGCGAUGGGUUGUGCCAAUCUCUCACUGUUCCCUGUCUGAGUCCCAAACCUCAGAAACCUUGGGAGAAAGAUGCUUGGGAGAUCCCACGUGAGUCCCUCAAACUGGAUAAACGUCUGGGAGCAGGCCAGUUUGGAGAGGUCUGGAUGGCAACAUACAACAAGCACACAAAAGUGGCAGUGAAGACUAUGAAGCCUGGCAGUAUGUCUGUGGAAGCUUUCCUCAUGGAGGCCAACUUAAUGAAAUCCCUCCAGCACGACAAACUGGUCCGUCUCAACGCUGUGGUCACCAAAGAGGAGCCCAUAUACAUCAUUACAGAGUACAUGGAGAAAGGCAGUUUACUGGACUUCAUUAAAAGCGAUGAAGGGAAUCGUGUCCAAUUGCCCAAACUGAUUGACUUCUCAGCACAGACAGCAGAAGGUAUGGCUUAUAUUGAGCAGAGAAACUACAUUCACAGAGACCUUCGUGCUGCCAACAUCCUGGUCAACAAGAGUUUAGUGUGUAAGAUUGCUGAUUUUGGACUGGCCCGUAUCAUAGAGGACAAUGAAUACACUGCCAGAGAAGGUGCAAAGUUCCCCAUAAAAUGGACCGCUCCAGAGGCCAUAAACUAUGGUUCCUUCACCAUUAAAUCAGAUGUGUGGUCCUUUGGCAUUCUGCUGACUGAAAUCAUUAGCUAUGGUCGCACACCGUAUCCAGGUAUGACAAAUCCAGAGGUGAUCCGUGCUCUGGAGAGAGGUUACCGUAUGCAGCGUCUGGACUCCUGUCCUCAAGAGCUCUAUGAUAUCAUGCUGGAAUGCUGGAAGAACAAGCCAGAGGACAGGCCCACCUUUGAGUACCUGCAGAGUGUACUGGAGGACUUUUACACUGCCACAGAGAGCCAGUAUCAGCAACAGCCUUGAGACACACACACACACACACACACACACACACACACUUUGAUCUUGCAUAAAUCCCAUUUAUCAGGAAGAAAUGUACACAUAUGUAACUUAUCCAUGCCAACCUGUUGACUUUAUACAUAUGUAGUGAAAUUGAAUGUGAAAAGAUAUAGUGUGUUAUUUAAUGAUAUGUAAAUGAAUACAAUUUCAAAAUCUCAGUAAUAGCAGUUUUAUUCCUAUCAUGCAGAGCCCUUUGCCUUACACUGAGUGUUGCACAACAGAAGCUAUAUAAAGUUAGAAUUUUAAUAUAAAAGAGAGAAAUAAUCUUAUUUUUUUCAUGUUAUAACUUUUCUGAUUUAUUUGUAAAAACCUGAUGACAGAUGUAUUUUAGAGCUAAUCAUAUGUGUGUGUAUUGUAAUUGAGAGUACACAUAGAGCAAAAAAAUUAAUUGUAGCUUUGAUUGCUUAAGAAAAGAUCAUUUCUAAAACUUCAACCUACAUUAGGUUUCAGAGAAGUUAUUGUGGAUUAGGAAAUGUAUAUACAUGUAUUUGCUCAGAAAAAAAAAUAUUGAUUUUAAAUCAUUGCUCCAAAGAAAAAAAAAAGGCGUCUGUACCUAAGGUAGUUAUGAAUAUUUCUUUGAGUCUCUGUGUUUUGUUAUUUUAUGAAAUUUUAUGCUUCCUUUUUUCAGAUUUUCAGGUUUGUUACUUUUAAAAGCCUGAAGCGAUUCCUCACUUGAUAUGUUUCUUACUUGUACAUCUUCUGUUUUGUUAAUAUUUGUUUGAAAUUUUGUGCAAUAAUAGUAAACGGUUUAUGUGAGAUUCUUUUUUUUUUUUUUCUGAUUUCCUGCAAUCAUAUUGAGGGGCCUUCGCGGUGGCUUCAUUUAAAAAAGAAAAAGAAAAAAAGAAAAAGUAAAACAUGAUGCUGAUUAUGCAGCUGAUUUUCAGUACACUUUUCCAUGAUGUAAAGUCUUUUCCAAGGAGUUACCUAUAAAUAAAUGCAGUGUGUAUGUAUGUUGUUACAAUUAGUCCAUGAAACAAAUAAAUUAAUUUUCAUUUUGA